AUGGCUCACGACGAUGAUAGAAUGUGGACAGGCAUGUGGGGAUUAGACAAUCAAGCAUAUACGCUGAUACAAGAUGCUCAACAGAGCAACGGGUCGCCCUUUCUUGCCGCAUCCCAUCUGUCGUUGACGAUUACCGCGUAUCCUCCGGAGCUAUGUACGCUUGUUUGGAAGUCGAGAGAGACAGCGGCGAAAGCCAGUGCUGUUACUAAAGAUUUCUGCGGCGAUUUGUUGACUCAUUUGUUGGAGGCGGACAUCACUAACGAUGAGAAGGUUAAAGAACUCGAGGCUGUCAUCAAACAUUGGCUGGGGAGCGGCGAGAUUGAUUCCCAGAUGGAACAAGACUUUGAUAAUCUCUGCGAUGCACCAGGAGACUUCUCGACCAUCACACGCAAGCGACUGGAAGAUGCACAAGCUGCGGAAAAAGCUCUGAAACCUGAAACUAACGAGCUGAACAAAGAAAUCGCUCGAUGCGAAUCGGGGUCCAGCCGAGGCCCUGGCGGAGUCGGACGCGCCGAAGAUGCGCUGAUGUUGCGACUCGAUGCUCGACUCGAUGCUCUGCGUACAACUCAGUGUGCAAUCGAUAAGAGUACAGCGAUACUGAAGGACGUCGACAACCUGAAAAGUAACACGAGCACCCUUUCCAGUGAACUUACGUGUCUAAACGAUGUUUAUAAUUUGCUCACCAAAGAAUCCCUCGAGUUGGUAGACCUGAUGAACACAGACCCACCGGGCAUGGAUUACAAUCCCAAGGUUUCUGCCUUGCGCAUCACGUAUUCUCCUCUUGGUAUUGCGUUAGACAGUUAUGCAAGAGCUCAAAGGACGCAAUGCAAUGAGCGGUAAGGGCGACACUCGUCCUUAAGCGAUGUUUGAUACGUGGUUUGCCGUAUCUCAACUACGAAGUAUUGAGGAAAUUCACUUCGUAUUCUUACGUAUGUUAUCGAUGAUGCUGUGUAACUGAGAAGAACAAGUAACCCAUCCAAUGGAAUGGAA